AUGAAGGAAAAUGCAGCAUCCAGAGUGCUUUUCAUUCUGCUACUUUUUCUCUACGCCAGCCUUCUGAAUGGACACUCACCUCCUGAAAAACCCAAGCUCAUUAAAUGUCGGUCUCCUGGAAAGGAAACGUUCACCUGCUGGUGGGAGCCCGGGGCAGAUGGAGGACUUCCUACCAAUUACACGCUGACUUACCACAAGGAAGGAGAAACACUCAUCCAUGAAUGUCCAGACUACAAAACCGGGGGCCCCAACUCCUGCUACUUUAGCAAGAAGUACACCUCCAUAUGGAAGAUGUAUGUCAUCACAGUAAGCGCCAUCAACCAGAUGGGAAUCAUUUCCUCAGAUCCACUUUAUGUGGACGUGACUUACAUAGUUGAACCAGAUCCUCCUGUAAACCUGACUUUGGAAUUAAAACAUCCAGAAGAUAGAAAACCAUAUCUAUGGAUAAAAUGGUCUCCACCCACCCUGACUGAUGUAAAAUCUGGUUGGUUCAGUAUCCAGUACGAAAUUCGAUUAAAACCUGAGAAAGCAACUGAUUGGGAGACUCAUUUUGCUCCAAAGCAGACUCAGCUUAAGAUUUUCAACUUAUAUCCAGGACAGAAAUACCUUGUGCAGAUUCGCUGCAAGCCAGACCAUGGAUACUGGAGUGAGUGGAGCCCAGAGAGCUCCAUCCAGAUACCUAACGACUUCCCAGUGAAGGAUACAAGCAUGUGGAUCUUUGUGGCCGUCCUUUCUGCUGUCAUCUGUUUGAUUAUGGUCUGGGCAGUGGUUUUGAAGGGCUAUAGCAUGGUGACCUGCAUCCUCCCACCAGUUCCAGGGCCAAAAAUAAAAGGAUUUGAUAUUCAUCUGCUGGAGAAGGGCAAGUCCGAAGAACUUCUGAGAGCUCUGGAAAGCCAAGACUUCCUUCCCACUUCUGACUGCGAGGAUUUGCUGAUGGAAUUCAUAGAGGUAGAUGACAGUGAGGACCAACACCUGAUGCCACACCCCUCCAAAGAACACAUGGAGCAAGGCGUGAAGCCCAUGCACCUGGAUCCUGACACUGACUCUGGCCGGGGCAGCUGUGACAGCCCUUCACUCUUGUCUGAAAAGUGUGAUGAACCUCAGGCCUAUCCCUCCAAGUUCCACAUUCCUGAGGGCCCUGAGAAGCUGGAGAAUCCCAAAACAAAUCUUACAUGUCUCCAGGCCCCUCAGAGCACAAGCGGGGAAGGCAAAAUCCCCUAUUUUCUGGCCAACGGACCCAAAUCUUCCACAUGGCCUUUCCCGCAGCCCCCCAGCCUGUACAGCCCCAGAUAUUCUUACCACAACAUUGCUGACGUGUGUGAGCUGGCCCUGGGCAUGGCAGGCACCACAGCCACCCUGCUGGACCAAACAGACCAACAUGCUUUAAAACCCUCAAAAACCAUUGAGACUGGCGGGGAAGGAAAGGCAGCCAAACAGAGGGAGUCAGAAGGCUACAGUUCCAAGCCUGACCAAGACACAGCAUGGCCACUGCCCCAAGACAAAACCCCCUUGUUCUCUGCUAAAUCCUUGGAAUAUGUGGAGAUCCACAAGGUCAGCCAAGAUGGAGUGCUAGCUCUGUUCCCAAAACAAAAUGAGAAGGUUGACGCCCCUGAAACCAGCAAGGAGUACUCGAAGGUGUCCCGGGUGACAGAUAGCAACAUCCUGGUGUUGAUACCGGAUCUGCAAGCGCAAAAUCUGACUCUGUUAGAAGAAUCAGCCAAGAAGGCCCCACCAGCCCUGCCAUAG